AUGUUGCGGGCGGCGGUGCGCGCCUCCCGGCUCUGCCGCGGCCCGGCCCGGCUCGGCGCGCCGUUCUCGGCCGCCGCCGCCUCCCCCAUCCCGGCGCCCAACCCGCGCCCCGACAUCGCCUGCAACAAGAUUUUCAUCAAUAACGAAUGGCAUGAUGCAGUCAGUAAGAAAACCUUCCCUUCUAUCAAUCCAGCAACAGGAGAAGUUAUCUGCCAGGUUGCUGAGGGCGAUAAGGCAGAUGUGGACAAGGCCGUUCAGGCAGCCAAGGCAGCUUUCCAGCUGGGCUCGCCUUGGAGGAGGAUGGAUGCUUCUCAUCGGGGGAAGCUGCUGAAUCGUCUUGCUGACCUGAUCGAGAGGGACCGGGCUUACCUGGCGGCGCUGGAGACUCUGGAUAAUGGCAAACCGUACUCCAUCUCCUACCUGGUGGAUUUGGACAUGGUAGUCAAAUGUCUCAGAUACUUUGCAGGCUGGUCGGAUAAAUUCCAUGGCAAAACCAUCCCGUUAGACGGAGACUUUUUCUGUUACACGAGACAUGAGCCGGUGGGAGUUUGUGGACAGAUAAUCCCAUGGAACUUCCCGCUGUUGAUGCAAGCAUGGAAACUGGGGCCUGCCCUGGCUACUGGGAAUGUGGUUGUGAUGAAAGUGGCGGAGCAAACUCCCCUGAGUGCUCUCUACGUGGCUAAUCUGAUCAAAGAGGCUGGAUUCCCACCAGGCGUGGUGAACAUCAUCCCCGGCUAUGGGCCCACUGCAGGGGCUGCCAUCUCCUCACACAUGGAGGUAGAUAAAGUGGCCUUCACCGGCUCCACGGAGGUUGGGCACCUGAUCCAGAAAGCUGCAGCAGAGAGUAACCUAAAGAGGGUGACACUGGAGCUGGGAGGAAAGAGUCCAAACAUAAUCAUGUCUGAUGCAGACAUGGACUGGGCUGUGGAUCAAGCCCAUUUUGCCCUCUUCUUCAACCAAGGGCAGUGCUGCUGUGCUGGAUCCCGAACGUACGUCCAGGAAGAUAUAUAUCAUGAGUUUGUGGAGAGGAGUGUGGAGAAGGCCAAGGCCAGGGUGGUCGGAAACCCGUUUGACUUUAAAACUGAACAGGGGCCUCAGGUCGAUGAAGAGCAGUUUAAGAAGAUCCUUGGUUACAUUAGUACUGGGAAGCGUGAAGGAGCCAAACUGCUGUGUGGUGGCAAUCCCGCUGCGGACAGAGGCUAUUUUAUCCAGCCAACUGUCUUUGGCGAUGUGCAGGACAACAUGACGAUUGCCAGAGAGGAGAUAUUUGGGCCGGUCAUGCAGAUUCUGAAAUUCAAAACAAUUGAGGAAGUCAUUGAGAGAGCAAAUGACUCCAAGUAUGGCCUCGCAGCCGCAGUCUUUACAAAGGAUCUUGACAAAGCAAACUAUGUGUCACAGAGCCUGCGAGCUGGAACAGUUUGGAUAAACUGCUAUGAUGUGUUUGGUGCCCAAGCCCCGUUUGGCGGCUACAAAGCUUCUGGGAAUGGGCGAGAGCUGGGAGAAUAUGGUCUGGAGGCCUAUGUAGAGGUCAAAAAUGUGACAAUCAAAAUUCCACAGAAAAACUCCUAAAGGACAGCAACCUCUCCAUGUGUUUGGAAACACCUAUGCAGCUUCAUGAGAUACAAAGCAAGGAAGCCUCUUUCUUAACACGCACAAAACUUAGGUGGAAAAUAUGUAACUCUGCGUUAAGAAAUGUUUCUUUAGAAGGUGCCUGAAGGAGCUUUUGUUAAAACGUUACUUGGUUUUGUCUUUUUAAAAUACCAAAUACAGUCAACUGGGUACUAAUGCAUUACAUGGGUGUACUCUUGUUGCAUCCGUAUCUGAUGCCUAUGUUUUUUUUCAAGAAAUCAUUUAAAUGCUUGUCAAGUCUGCAGUAGGUUUUAUAACAAUUUUUUGUUGGCUUACACUGCUAGGUUUAUACUCCUUGUCCUUUACACCUAACGCAUAUGUCCCUCUUCUGUAAGCAAAGUGAGCUGAGACUCGGCUGUGUAACCAAGCUGGAGCGCAACCUCUCAGCGUCAAUCUGUGAGGUAAAAGUUUGUUCUCGACUGCUCCCACCUCUCUUAUUGUAUCUACUCACAAUAAACAUUCUUGCUUUAGUGAAGUUAA